CUGGGCUACCGGCUCCCUCUUGCUGGCGGUGACAGCGUGGAUGUCCGCGUCCACGCCAGUCCUGGCCGUAUGCCGCCCCGAGUACCGCAAGAGACCGACUCACACUGCCUGCCAGAGUCCCGCUUCUUGGUGCAAGGUGACCGUUAGCGGCGUGGACGCGGCCGAGCGCGCCCGUAUUCUGAAGAUGCACAACGACUACCGGAGCCAGGUCGCAAAGGGUCGACUGCCGGGAUUUCCGGCGGCAGCCGACAUGCAGGAGCUGUUGUGGGACGACGAAAUGGCCGACGUGGCGCAGGCCCACGCAAGCCUCUGCGUACCGCCCGGCGGACGCUUGGACCACGACAAGCACGAAGACCGCUUCACGACGCGCUUCGAUAUCACGGGCCAGAACUUGGGGCUGCAGUUCUCGUCGCACCCUCCUGCUGGACCCGACUGGAAGCCCGUCAUCGACGGGUGGUUCAACGAGUACGCGGACUACCCGCCGGACCUCGUGUCCGGGUUCCCGAGGCAGCAGACGCGCAAGGCAACGGGCCACUUCACUCAGGUUGUCUGGGCCAAGAGUCGCUACGUGGGCUGCGGCUACGCCUACUACAUCGCCACGGGGACGCGCCUGCCGCACAUGCGCAAGUACACGUGCAACUACUACGAGGGCGGAAACGUGGUCACGCGGCCGGUGUACCUGAGCGGCACCACGUGUAGCGCCUGCCCGCCCUCGACCCGGUGCAAGCUGUCGACGGGUCUGUGCGGCGACCAGUCAUCGGGCCAGCAAGCAUCAUUGUUGGCUCAGCAGAACCUGGUAACCUUUAUCGCUGCAGUGAGGAAAGGCGUGCCCGGCGGGACUCUGGACUGA